AUUUUACCUGUUGACCUGUUUACGGCCUCAUCGUGGCUCUACACUCAACAGAAGCCUUAAUGGCUGCCGGUUUCCUUAAGUCGGGCGAUUUGGGCCCUCAUCCGCACAGCUAUGGUGGGCCACAUCCGCAUCAUUCCGUGCCACAUGGACCAUUGCCGCCGGGCAUGCCAAUGCCAUCACUGGGACCCUUUGGUUUACCCCACGGCUUAGAGGCCGUCGGGUUCUCCCAAGGUAUGUGGGGUGUCAACACCCGUAAACAGAGACGUGAACGCACCACAUUUACCCGGGCCCAGCUGGAUGUAUUGGAAUCUCUAUUUGGCAAAACACGUUAUCCUGACAUUUUUAUGCGCGAGGAGGUGGCAUUGAAAAUUAAUUUACCCGAAUCCAGAGUACAGGUUUGGUUCAAAAAUCGCCGUGCCAAGUGCCGUCAACAGUUGCAACAACAACAGCAAUCCAACAGUUUAAGCAAUUCCAAAUCGGUCAACUCCAGUUCCGGCUCCUGUUCAUCGUCGUCCUCAUCUCGCAAUGCAUCGAAUAGCUCGGGCAGCAACUCCAACUCAACGAAUUCCUCUUCGAAAUCAAAUAAUCAUCACUCCUCGUCCUCCUCCUCGUCGGCCAACAACAACAACGGCAAUAAGAAUUCAUCGAAUUCGAAUAAUCCCAAUUCCGGCGGUCCCGGUUCAUCAUCGGCCGCCGCGGCUGCAGCUGCUGCCGUAGCACAAUCCAUCAAAUCGCAUCACAGUUCCUUCCUUAAUGCAUCCAGCUCUGCCACAUCCGCCGUUACACCCACCAGCUCCGCAGCCGCUUCCCAUAUGCAUCACAUGAGUGCCAAUAGCCAUGCGGCGGCGAAUGCUGCGGCCAGUGCGGCCGGCCUCAAUACAUCAGGUGGCGGUGCGGCACAUCACAAUUCCUCUCCACUGCUGCCCACACCUGCCACCUCCGUCAGUCCUGUGAGUAUUGUUUGCAAAAAGGAACACAUCGGCUCCAGCGGAUAUCCCGUAUCGAAUGCCGAUGCCUUAAGGGCUGCCUCCUAUGACACGCUCAAAGAGUCGGGAGGUGAUAUUGGCAGCAGUGCUCACCAUCACAGUAUCUAUGGUACGGCUGCAUCGGCGAAUCCACGCCUACUCCAGCCCGGUGGCAAUAUCACACCCAUGGAUUCGAAUUCCAGCAUUACCACACCCUCACCGCCCAUUACUCCCAUGUCCCCGCAAUCGGCAGCCGCUGCCCAUGCUGCUCAAUCAGCUCAAUCGGCCCAUCACUCGGCGGCCCAUUCCGCUGCCUACAUGUCUAAUCAUGAUUCCUACAACUUUUGGCACAACCAAUAUCAACAGUAUCCCAACAACUAUGGCCAGGCACCCAGCUACUAUUCCCAGAUGGAAUACUUCAGCAAUCAGAAUCAGGUCAACUACAAUAUGGGACAUUCGGGCUAUUCGGCCGCAUCGAAUUUCGGAUUGUCGCCGAGUCCCUCGUUUACGGGCACCGUUUCGGCCCAGGCCUUUUCGCAGAAUAGCCUAGACUACAUGACACCUCAGGACAAGUAUGUGAAUAUGGUGUAGAAUCUGCUGAUGCAAUAUUGCGGCGGCAAAUCGGAUGAUGAUGCCAAUGGAAUGGCCAGUAGUGAGCACCACCGCAUCAAUUCGGAUUAUGCUUAGAUUUUGUAAAAAUAA